AUGGAGCUGCUGUCCACGCCCCACAGCAUCGAGGUCAGCAACAUCACCUGUGACUCCUUUCGUAUCUCCUGGGCCAUGGAAAACAGUGACCUGGAGAGGGUCACCCACUACUUCAUUGACCUGAACAAGAAAGAGAAUAAGAACUCCAACAAGUUCAAGCACCGGGAUGUCCCCACCAAGCUCGUGGCCAAGGCCGUGCCGCUGCCCAUGACGGUGAGAGGCCACUGGUUCCUGAGCCCCCGCACGGAGUACAGUGUGGCAGUGCAGACCGCCGUGAAGCAGAGUGACGGGGAGUACCUCGUGUCUGGCUGGAGCGAGACAGUCGAGUUCUGCACCGGGGAUUAUGCCAAGGAGCACCUGGCCCAGUUGCAGGAGAAGGCCGAGCAGAUCGCAGGCCGCAUGCUCCGCUUCUCCGUCUUCUACCGCAACCAUCACAAGGAGUACUUCCAGCACGCCAGGACCCACUGCGGGAACAUGCUGCAGCCCUACCUGAAGGACAACAGUGGCAGCCACGGCUCCCCGACCAGCGGCAUGCUCCACGGGGUCUUCUUCAGCUGCAACACGGAGUUCAACACAGGCCAGCCCCCACAGGACUCCCCCUACGGCCGCUGGCGCUUCCAGAUCCCUGCCCAGCGCCUUUUCAACCCCAGCACCAACCUCUACUUUGCGGACUUCUACUGUAUGUACACGGCCUACCACUAUGCCAUCCUGGUGCUGGCCCCCAAGGGUUCCCUGGGGGAUCGCUUCUGCCGUGACCGCCUGCCCCUCCUGGACAUUGCCUGCAACAAGUUCCUGACCUGCAGCGUGGAGGACGGGGAGCUGGUCUUCCGCCACGCCCAGGACCUCAUCCUGGAGAUCAUCUACACCGAGCCUGUCGACCUGUCCCUGGGCACCCUGGGGGAGAUCAGCGGGCACCAGCUCAUGAGCCUGUCCACUGCUGACGCCAAGAAAGACCCCAGCUGCAAGACCUGCAACAUCAGCGUGGGCCGCUAG